UGGAACUAGAUGAUCUUGAGGUCCUUUCCAACCUUAACUAUUCUGUUACAGAUGGGAGGGAUUUGAUGCCUUGUCCCUACCUUGUAUGUGUCUCCUCUUGCCUGUGCCCCCCAGGGAUGCUCCUGCACUGGGGCUGAGCCCCUCAAAGGACUGAUCCCGGUUGGCUUUAAUCAUCAACAGGGGAAGGGAUGCAGCCUUUUGGGGUUUUUUCUUCCAUCCGAAGCCACGAGCAUCAUGGAAUGGUGGAUGUUGAGGAGGGAGCACAAAGUGCCCUUUUCCCCCCUCAAAUUUGAGGAUCGGUAUUUGAAUGGAGCCUGAUAGAAGGAGGGGAAACUGAGCAGUGUGGUUGGGAACCUGGGGAGGGAAAACAGCAACAUUCAGCUUGUUCAGGGCUUUUUUUGAAGGCUCUGGGAUAGGAGACGUUCAUUUCCUGCUGGAAUCAGCUGCCAGAUGGGUUGAGCUGCCCCAGGCGAGUGGUGGGGACCGCAGUUCUUAACCUGGCGGCUGCCUGAACUGCAAUGGGUUUAUUCUAGACCUUGGGUUGGGAGCACCACUUAGGAGGCUGGGAAGCAAUCCUGGAUCUUCCAGUCGAGCUGGAAAGACCAGCUUUGGGCAAAACCUCGGAUCCUCCCAACAGGGCCCAUGUCCUUUAAGGGAUCAUAGACUCCUCAUUCUGGGCUACAGCAUCAUGCUGGGAGGAUGGUGUUUUUCCUUCCCCAAAUCAUAAGGAUAUUACAAGUCCUAAGGAUGUUACAGUGCCAGGGGAAGAGAGGACGGCCUCGUAGAUCCCACCGAGCUGCUGCCUACUCUGCCUGGACUGAGAGGUCAGACCGAGCAAGAGGUUUUGGAGGAAGAAAAAGUCGCCCCACAUCCCUGGUUGGCGUUUGAGUGUACGUUAAGGUUGCAGCAUUCCCCUUUGCCCAGGCCAGGAUGGUUGAAUCGAAGGCAUUGGAGGUUCCCCAAGUGACCAGCGGCAGCCACAAUGAGAGCUCCGGCCCUCGCCUGAUGCCUCUCCUGCUGAUAAAAAUGAUCAACAAGUCUCGAGGGAAGAUACUCGGGGUGCUGGCGCUGUUUCUGGUGAUGGUUUGGUACUCUAUCUACCGGGAAGACAGGUACAUACAGCUCUUUUAUUUCCCUGUGCAAGAGAACAAGACGACGUGUCCCCUCGGGGAGGUGGAGAGGAAAGCAGCACAGCUCAUUGGGAAUUACACGAGGGACCACCCGCUCUUCUUGCAGCUGAAGGACUACUUCUGGGUGAAGACUCCAUCGCUCUAUGAGCUGCCCUAUGGCACUAAAGGAAGCGAAGAAGUCCUCCUGCGCUUGCUGUCAAUAACCCAUUACUCCCUGCCCGAGAGCAUCCAGAGACUGAAGUGCCGGAGGUGUGCGGUGGUGGGCAAUGGCCACCGGCUCCGCAACAGCUCCAUGGGGGAGACCAUCAACACAUAUGAUGUUGUGAUCAGGCUGAACAAUGCCCCGGUCCAUGGUUACGAGCAGGAUGUGGGCUCCAAAACCACCAUGCGCCUUUUCUACCCGGAGUCAGCCCACUUCAACCCCAGGACAGAGAACAACCCCGACACAUUGCUGGUGCUGGUGCCCUUCAAGCCCAUGGACUUCCAGUGGAUGGAGGCCAUCCUCAACGACAAGAAGAGGGUGCGGAAAGGGUUUUGGAAGCAGCCCCCGUUGAUCUGGGAUGCCAACCCGGAGCAAGUCCGCAUCCUCAACCCUUAUUACAUGGAAGUAACUGCUGCUAAACUGCUCAACCUCCCCAUGAAGCAGCCACGGAAGGUCAAACAGAAGCCCACCACAGGGUUGUUGGCCAUCACCUUGGCGCUGCACUUCUGUGACCUGGUGCACAUCGCGGGCUUUGGCUACCCUGAUUCAGCCAACAAGAAGCAGACCAUUCACUACUAUGAACAGAUCACGCUCAAGUCCAUGGCGGCAUCAGAGCACAACGUCUCACACGAGGCAGUGGCCAUCAAGCGGAUGCUGGAGCUGGGCCUCAUCAGGAACCUCACCUACUUCUGAGGGCACCAGGGCUGCGCAGGGACCACAUCCCCUAUUGGAGGGGGAUGCCAACGCCAGCAUGGCCAGAGCAUCACCACCUCACCCUGCCCUCGUGGGACUCUUGUUGCUGGGGAGCCUGUGCUGGACCAUGGGUACCCUCAGUGAAGGUGGGGGGCGCAGGGAGCCCCCACAUCGUACCCGGAGCCUUUUCCUACCGAUGCACUGAUGCUACCGAGGACCUAAAGGGGUUUUUGGGGUGGAGUCUGCCCUCCCAGCGGGCCUGGGGGGGCAAAGGGAGGUCAGGAGCCCUUCCCCUGGGCUCUUACACUUAGUUCCCUCCUAUUCGGACGAGGGCCCCACUGAGGGGCUGACUUGGGGGUCUGGGAUCCCCCCAGGGAGCAGGAGCCUUCAGGGGGUCCAUGUCCCCUCCUCCCUGCCCAGGUCCCAUCACUGUCCCCCCCCCCCAGAUAUUUAAUUCCCCUUCUUUUUAUUUCCUAUCUCCUCAGUGGCCCCAUCCUGUGCCUUAGUGCUGGUGCGGGGGCUCAUCCCCGCAGCCCCCCCGGGGUGGGGGCACCCCGAGGUCCUGGCCUUGGGGUCCGCAGGGGCCUUUUGGGGUGGGGGGGUUUAAUUUAAUUAAUUUAAAUGCUUAUUUAUCGUGGAGCUUCUCCUGGGGCUCGUGUGUUGCUGUUGGGGGCGAGUAGGGGUCAGGGUGAGAUGGGGUCACCCCACCAUGUCCCCUUACCCACUGCGUCUGGCUUCUGUACCAUGCCUCGGUUUCCCUUUACCAUCAUCCUUCCCCCCCCUGCACCCAUACACCCAACCUGGGUACCCCACCAUGGUGCUGUAUCCCACUCAAGCUCCAGGCCAGAGCAUCACCCAAAGAGCCGGCGUCCUCGCGGGGUGGGCAUCGGCCACGAGAAACACCUCUUGUAUUGACCGCAAUACAGCGCGGAGAGGCCCUUCCCGGGGAGGGGGUCCCCAUCCCACCGCUGUCCCCCUUAUCCUGUCCCACUCAGCAGGACCCCCCUUUAAUCCCCCCCAAAACGGACGCUAUAAGUAUGGACACAGAACACCAAGAAGGAACGGAAGGAGCCGGGUGGGAGAGGGCAGCGGGAAGCUGAGGUGGGCGCAGGGGUGCGUGGUCGGGCUGGGGGUGACCCCUCGGUGGGGUUGUGCUUUAGCAUGUACCAGGCUUGGGGGAUGGUGCUCGGCCGGUCCCCAGCCCCACAGCCCCACUCCGCUGGGGGCUGGAUCCAGCCUCUUCCCACUGCCAUUCCCGGUGGGUGCAACCGUCCCGGCACGAAGCCAUGGCACCCUCAUGGAUGGUCCAGAGCAUCCCCAGAGGGGGCUCACACGUGUGUCUGCAUCCGCCUCUGCAGGGGCCGGCUGGGGUCCGAGUUUUGGGAAGAAGACUGGGAAUGGUGGGAGGAGGAGGCAGAAGCCUUGCUGGCCUUGUCGAACUGCACGUAUCCGUCCUGCUUGCCGCUGCUGCUGAUGCUGCUGUCGCACUGGGUGUCGAGGAAGGAGCUGCUGUCGCUCAUGGAGCCGCGCUGGAACUCGCGCUCGCACAGCUCGAUGGAGCUGCUGCCCAUGCCCAGCACGAAGCGCUGGCUGUAGUCGUAGAGGCGGCUCUGCCCGCUCAAGGUGCUGUAGAUGUUGGUGAAGGACAUGCCGGUGGGCACACGCUGCUUGUUGGCAGGGCGCAGGUCGGCCGGGCAGCCUGACAGGGAGAUGGUUGGGGUGGAGUGGUGCUCCUUGAAGGUGUUCACGCUGUAGUAGCCAUUGGUGGGGUCCUGGGGAGUGGGAAAAGAGGGGGACAGGUUGGUGGUGCCGGCAUUCAGGGCACACACAUGGCUCUUCCAUCCAUGCUAGGACACCCUUACCCACUGCCCAUGUAGAGCAUCCCAUGCAGCUCAGCCUCCUCUGACUGGGGCAGAGGGAGCUAUGGGGGCCCCUUGCCUAACACCCACUCAUUUUUAUCCCCUAAAGGGUGCUGGGACCAGCAAACAGCACUGUGGGUACCAGAGCUCUUCAGUAUGGGGAUAUGGCACACGGACAGAAAACCCGGGAGCAGCACUGCGCUGGUCCUGCCCUGUGGUGGGCAUGGAGAUGGGUACCUAGCACCUUGGGUAUGUGCCACAGGUGUGACUGGGGGGGGCUUGGAGCCACAUCCUGUCAUGGGGCUGGGGAUGAAGAAGGGGGAUGCUCACCUUCAGGUUUUGAAACUCCUUCUCCUCCUCCUUGAGCACCUCGAGCUGCUUCAGCACUGAGUCCUGCUGGAACUCCCCCCGGUCCAUCUAGGAAAGGAUGGAAUUGGGUGUCAGCAUCCCCAUUACAAGCUGUGGUUUUCCUCCUCUGUUUAGGACUAAAAAGGCUCAGUUGAUGCAGGAAGUGAAUUACUGACAUCUACCAUGGUGAGUGCUGGGGCUGCACUCAAACAAACACCCAAAUCUCCUUUUUUAUUGUUGCUUUUUCUUUCUUCACAUCUUUUCCUCUUAAACUGAGCUUGGCCACUAACACCUCAACAUCCCAGCCAGGUUCUGGCACAUAGUUAAUGUGAAAGCCUUAAUCUGACCCACACACACUCUGACAUUGGCUCUUCUCAAAGAUAUGAGUCCCCUGCCUGUCUCCAGCUGGGUCAGGAGGGGAUGGACAUGCUGGAGGAGCUCCUUUUGGUUUGAUUUGAGAGCACUUUAUCCUCCUGCUGCUACUUGGUGGAUGCUGAUGGUGGAUGCUGCUGCCCCAGUGUGCUGCCUUCAGCCAUCUCUCUUCCCUCAAAGGCUGACCAUGAGGCAGGGGGGCAAGAUCCACAUUAAUUAGCCCAUGGCUUUAAUUGCCCUUCCUUCAUGUAUAGAAGCAGAAUACUCAGAACCACAGAACAGUUCAACCAACUUCUUCCUGAUCACACACCCCCAUUCAGGUUUCUCUGCCCCAGCACUGGGCUCCCAGCCCCAGAUUAGCCCUAGAAUCCCCUUUUAUGGCCCAACUUCAUUUUGUAAAGCUGGUAAAUGAUUGUGGAAAUCCACCUGCAGCACUUUCUGUUCAUCUCCUGGAAGCCUUUGAUAUGGCUUUUAAAUGCAAUAAAUUAAAGUACCUGAGUUAUCCUAGGGGAAAAAAAGUGCCUGUAACAGCCGUUGAUUUACCAGGGUAAAUACAAAGGAUUACAUUCAGUGCAGCUCAGAUGGUACAUGGAGGGGGUUUAUUGCUCUGUGGGCUGCGUGCCAGCCCCAGCAACACCCUAAAUCCCCUAACACAUUGCUGCUAAAGCAUGGGAUUGGGAUGCAUUCGUAUUGCACUUGGACAUGGCUGGUUUUGGUGUGGGUGACCCAGGUGGACACGGCCAAAGAUGGAGAGGGGUGAAGAGCAGGGGAGAACCAAGGGGCCAGUGCUGCUCUUGGCAAACCCUCCAA